UCCGUCAGUCGGCGAGUGCCGGUGGAGCCAUGAGCUGUCUCACGGUGCCCGGAGUCCACCCCGGCUCUCCCGGCCGCCCCCGCGGGCAGAUACAGGUGAUCUUCGGACCCAUGUUCUCCGGGAAGAGCACGGAGCUCAUGCGGCGGGUGCGGCGGUUCCAGCUUGCUCAGUACCGGUGCCUGCUGGUGAAAUACGCCAAGGACACGCGCUACGGGUCCUCCGGUGUCUCCACGCACGACAAGAACACCAUGGAGGCCGUGCCAGCCUGUCUCCUCAAGGACGUGUACCAGGAGGCGCUGAACUCCGCAGUCAUCGGCAUCGAUGAGGGCCAGUUUUUCCCAGACAUCGUGGAGUUCUGUGAGAUGAUGGCCAACACCGGGAAAACCAUCAUAGUUGCUGCUCUUGAUGGCACUUUCCAGAGAAAGGCCUUUGGGAGCAUCCUGAACCUGGUGCCGCUGGCAGAGAGCGUGGUGAAGCUGAACGCUGUGUGCAUGGAGUGCUACCGAGAGGCCUCCUACACAAAGAGGUUGGGAGCAGAGAGGGAGGUUGAGGUGAUUGGAGGAGCAGACAAGUACCACUCCGUCUGCAGAGCCUGCUACUUCCGCCAUCAGCCCCCUCAGCCUGGGCUGGAGAACAAGGAGAACGUGCCCCUGAUGCUGAAGCAGCUCAAUGCGGCUGCCUCCUGCCGCAAGAUCUUUGCUUCCUGACUGCCGGGCUCCCGUGUGCAGGAGGCCAAGCAGAAUGCAGCUGAAGGCUGCAGCUCCGAGUGCUCCAGCUUCCUCUGCUUCCGCAGAACUGAACUGCCCAGUGCCCCCGGCCAAGCCCCCGCCUCUCCCCUGCUGCAGGCACGGGGAGGAAGAGGAUCAGCUGCACCUGACACAGCAGCGGAAGCCUGGCUCACAGGGAGUUCCUGUCUCAGAACAUGGAAAGGGAUGGGUGUAGCUCCUGAUGCUGCCACCAAACCAGCCUUGGAACCCUGUCACAGCGGUCGGGCUGCAGGUUCCCACUGCUCCCGCCGCUCUCCUGGGCUGGGCACAGGCUCAGCCUGGCUCUGCUGGCUGGUUCCCUCACCUGGGAACGCAACUUGUUUGUCUCUGGUGCCCUGUUGCUAAAUCCCAGGGUUCUUAAGACACAA